AUGCUCGAAGCCGCUCACUGCGAAGAAACAGAGGUCUCCCAAAACCGUGCGACGUCUGGCAUCCACUCGAAGAAGAGAAGACCUGAAGCCACGUCUCCGAACCUCACCAUGGAUGACCAAAAGAGAAUGGAGAGCCCCAGCAAAGAUGUCAUGGAUAUGAUUUACGCCAUAUUGGACACUCAGAAAACCAAUGAGCAACGCCUGAAUAGGAUCGAGGACGAGCUUCGUGUUUUGGGCCAGCAAAUAGACGGCAUUGCGAACAAAAUCGAAAUCAUUGAGGAGAAGCAACGUCCGCUUUCAUCAAUGCCCCCCUAA